UUCUCGAUUGGCCUGGCUUGGCUUGAAUUUUUGUGAUUGUUAUUCAAAAAAUAUUUUGAAAAAAAUGUAAUAUUAUGGCUUGAAUCUCCCUUUAUUGUGUUCUCAAAUUAUCAAACUUCAUUAAUGAUCCCUGUUCGUUGCGAGAUCUUUGCACUUUUAAAGUUAAAACAAAAGUGAAUCGUAAAGUGCUGUUCACCAUGGAAGUUAUGGAUAUGAACAUAGAUUACGAUCUGACCAGAAUUUGCCGUUCCUGCCGGAAGGAUGCCACACGCUUGCUUCCAAUCUUUGGCUCGUCUUCAGCGUCAGGGGUGCCGUUGCGAGAAAUGCUUACCAGCUGCACUCAAAUUCAGAUAUCGAUAAGCGAUGAUAUGCCCAGAAAUAUCUGCACCGGCUGUGUGGAGGAAAUAACAACGGCCUAUAACUUCAGGAAGCGCUACGAACAAAGCGAUGUGAUGCUACGUGAAUAUUUGACCCGCAGGCGCCUGGAAUCGGCUGUCGGUGUCAGUGGACAACCAGUGAGCAUGGAGUUGUUCGAAGUGAAACCUGAUAUCGCGUUUAUCGAUUCGGACCCUUUGAUCGAGGAGAAAUGCUUUGUGACGGCAAUCCAGUCGAAACACGACGAUAUGCGUAUCGAUGAAAGCAUUAUCGAGGAGAUUCGGGAAGAUGAGUUCAUUAAGGUUGACGUCUAUAAACCGGAAGUUUUAGAAACCAUCAAAUCGGACGAUGAUUAUGACGAUGGAGACAAGUAUGCUCAGGACAGUAGCGAUGAGGACUAUCAAGAGUUGAGCACAAGCAGACGAAUUAAGAUGGAGAAAAAGAACGAUGAAGGUCAUAGCUACAGUAGACUGCAGGAUGGAAGCUUCCAGUGCUCGUUUUGCAAUGCAUCGUUUAGUCGCCGCCGUAGUAUCGCGAAUCAUAUGCGCAAAAAGCACAAUCCGAACAAAAAAGAAUGCCCCAAAUGCCAGCGCAUGUUUAGUACAAACUACCAUCUGGGAAGGCAUAUGAAGGUUCACGAGGAUGAAAUUCGAUGUUCCCAUUGCGAUAAACGGUAUGCCUCUAUCUACUACGCGGAUUAUAAGGCGCAUAUGGAGGAAAGUCAUCCAGCAGAGGAACUAAUUCCUCCGAAGUCAAAGACGAAACCAGAACGCGUUCCAGAAACCAUUGAAGAGGAGAAACCUACAACCGAAAUCCUGUGUAAGAUUUGUGAUGCUAAUUUCAACCGAAUUUUCGAUUUACGAAUGCACCUCAAAACACACUGUGAUUCGAAAACUUUCGCUGAUCUGAACAUACACUCCAAACCGUACUUAUUCGAGGAGGGCUAUGUGGUUGACAACUAUCUCGAACAUUUGGUGCAGCAGGUGUGCAAAGGUGAGCUUUACAGGUUCUACCAGAUCGUGGAAGCCGAUGGGGAAGAAAAACAACUGAGUGAUUCAGAUUCUGACGCGGAUGAGCCCAAUGAUGAUGACCUCACUCGAAGGAAACAUAUUUGUGAAAUUUGCAAUCAAAUUUUCCCCCGUAUGAGACUCAUUAUGAAACACGCCGCAGAACGACAUAACGGAAAUGAGUUAAUGAACUGUUUGCAUUGUCCUCGUAGUUUUCCCAACAGUGUUUUACUAAUGCGGCAUCUUAAACACCAGUGUGAGAAUACUACCAAAAAAUUCAUCUGCACAUUCUGUAAUCAGAAGUUUAUGUGGCAAACCAGUUUGAAUAAACAUGCUCAAUCCAUGCACAAACCCUCGCGGCCACUCAAACUACUGACCGAAUAUCGUCCUACGGUAGCCGACAAAUCCAAAGCUCACAUCUGUCACAUUUGUCAAAAAGGUUUCCAGCGUUUGGAACACCUGGAACGACAUGUCAAGAUUCAUAUGCCUUCGGAGAAAAAAUUCGAAUGCGUACAGUGUCACAAAAAGUUCAAUCGGAAGGACAACCUCCGAUCGCACAUGAAAAUACAUAACAAGGAUCCGGAAGAAGUGGACAACAAACAGCCGCAGCUAUGCGUAUACUGCGGUCGGGGCUUCUCGAACUCAUCCAAUUUGAUUGUGCACAUGCGGCGUCACACCGGUGAUAAGCCGUACAAGUGCGACAUUUGUGAUAAGGGUUUCCCGCGAUCUUCGGAUCUACAAUGCCACCGUAGGACACAUACAGGUGAAAAACCGUGUCUCUGUACCAUAUGUGGCAAAGGGUUUUCUAGAUCAAACAAACUUGUUCGACAUAUGCGGAUACAUACGGGGUCUAGACCCUAUGCAUGCACUUACUGCGACCGUUCCUUCACGCAAUCGAACGAUCUGACCCUACACAUUCGACGGCACACGGGCGAAAAGCCUUAUGUAUGCGGUGUCUGUAACGAACGCUUCAUCCAAGGAACGGCCCUCAAAGCUCAUCAACGUGUUACGGGGCACAUGGACGACGGAAGUCAACAGCCUGAACGCUUCGCCAGCAUAAGCGUAAACAAUCCCAACCGGGUGGGAGUAUUAGGCAACUCACUACCUCUCGAUAAAUCAGGCAAUAAAUCCGACAGCACGGCAAAACUUGUUAAACCAGUUAAAUUUCGCAAAAAGGCAGCAUCUGCUGCUGCCAGCCGUUCCGAUCAACUACCGGUCGAAACAAAGACAUCGCCAGCUGAGCAGGAUUCCACUCCAACGUCACCGGUUGAGGGCAGUUCGACCGGGCGGUUUUCGAUGGCCGGUCUGCAUCAACCAGGCUACGUUCCGCUACCUUUUGUCUUGCCGAACUACGAACUUCCUCCUUCGGGAUUGUUUUCACAAAGUUUUAGUCAGCAAUAACGGUAGAAUAUAUAAGAAUUUAUCACAAACAAUAAUAAACCCUGCAUCCUUUUAAA